AAUAGACGCAGUAUUUAAAGAUUAUCGACAAUUCCUUCCGGCUUUUGCCCGCCCUCCCGGCCCUGCUUUCACCCAAGCCACUGCAUAUGAGGAAAUCCGGAUUACAGUUGCUCCUUGGUCAUCGCGAUAAGAGGCGCACAAUGCGUGAUUGCACAACCACGCCACCGACUUUUCCUUAACGACUGCCACUACCAACUACAGAGAGAGGAAGUAUAGGAAUAAUAUCCACGUUCCGGUUCUUUUGACGCGUGAAUAUCGAACUCCGACUCCGCCAUCAUGGCCCGAGCCGCGGUUAUUCCACAAUCCCCCCCAAAACGCGCCACGCGUGGCAGAGCGAAGGGAUCAACCACGACGAAGGCUACAGGCAAGAUGGUGGCGAAACCCGCGAAAACGGUUUCGGCUGCAGACACGGGGAAGAGAAAUGCUCGAGCGGAUCUCGCAACUACAAGUGAAGCUAUGCAUUCCGGGACGGAGGAAGAGACAGAUGAUGAAUUGGAUAUGAUCGAUAGUAGGACGAAAGGGAAGACCUCGAGUUCAAAAGCAAAAUCGUCGACAUUCCCUACGACUAGCCGUGGUAGGAAAGGAACAGCCACAGAUAGGGAAAGCGAGGGUGAGAAUGACGAGGAUGAACUUGCCCGAUUGGAUGUGCCCAAGAAGAAGGCUGGGCGGCCCAAAACCAAGCGCGAGGAAAUGACGAAGCAGGAAACCACUGCCUCCAAGCCAAGAGGCCGGCCAAAGGGUACCACCACGAAGCCAGCUUCGGAUGCAGAUAUUCUGAGGGAAAACACGCGGAGGAACGCUCGUGCGCAAGACACCAACGACUUUUCUUCAUCUCAACAAGGACCGAUGGAGGUUUUUGUCACGACAAAUUCCAUGUUGCGCGGGUUAUCCAAGAAGAAAAAGGUCACUUUCCAAGAUUUUUCGGACUCUGAGGAGGAGGAUAUCACCGAGCCUGCGCCCGCUGCUGGACGGAGAAAACGAGCCGCCGCCGCGAAAGAUCAAGACGGACUCGGGGCUAAGCCUGUUCGCAAAGCUGCCCCAACAUCGACGAGGGGUCGCAAACCUGCCGCGGGCAAGAAAGGAGCGAAGCCUCUAUCACCUAAGAAAGCUACCCAGGUUGCCAAGGCCAUCUCCUCGUAUGCAAGCUCGGAUGAAGAGGAAGAUGAACUCAGUGGCGCGAAGGAUCAGAUUAAACUUGUCGUUCAUUCACCCGAGAAACCUGCUCCCGCAAGUACUGGACUCGGAUCUCCAGUAAGGAGGAUCAAUUUCACCCCGAGCAAACUUUCAACCAAGCUCGAUGAGAAUGGGGAACCGAAUAUUGCGCCCCCGAAGACGUUCGACUUCAGCGAGUCAGUUUUCAUGUCUAGCCCUGCUCGUAGGCCUCCUCCGUCGCCUUUCCAUUUCACGCUCAGGGAAACUCCGAAGCGAGGUGGAAUCGCCGUUGGCGAAGAUGCAAGACCACUAAGCCAACCCAAUUUCACCCCAACGCAAACGUCACCACUAAGAACGUCUCCUAGGAAGGCAAACCUGGGUACCCCAGCACGGGGAGGCCUCUUCUGUGAUAGUGGAGCUCCCUCUCAGCCGAAUUUCACUCCCGGGCAACAUUCUCCGCUUAAAUCCUCACCUAAAAAGGGCAUUUUCGGCGCGUCAUUCUCGUCCCAGCAACCUGUGCAACAAUCCUCGACUCCAUUUAGGUCCAGCUUGCUGUUAAGCCCUGCUAAGAAGGUUGCUGCACCAUUUAAAAGCUCAUUGACCCGAAUCCAAUCUCCAACACCGGACAAACCCCCCGCCCAUGCGGAGGAUGAGGGUGAUGGCCAGACGCCUGAGGAAACCGAACAGUUACCACUUAGAGUGCAGGAUUUAGAUGAUGAUGUGUCUCGUAAUAUAUGCGACGGAGAGUCCUCGCCCGAGAAAGAAUCCCAACCCCAGCCGAUGGAGGAAGAUUGGGAGGAAGAAUUCGUAUCCGAAAGUGGCCAGGCAUCGAAAAUAUCAGAUGGCGAUAUGUCACAAAGUGAGGAAGAGCGAAAUGAGGAGGAACAGCUUGAUGAGGAUGAUGAAAUUUCUCUCCCUGCUUCGAACGCCCCUGCCCAUGAAGACCGAAACACCGACCGUGAGAUUGACGAGGCAAUGGAGCGACUUGAGCAGGAGAUCAGGGAAGAAGAUGCAGAUAUGUUCUCAGACGAUAUUGGGAGUGAAUGGGAAUCCGACUAUCAAGAGCACGACACGACACCAUCAAAAUCCAGGUAUUUCGAGACCCCAAAAGAAGCUCACAGUGCCGACGGUCUCUGGUCGGACACUGAGCGGGAGCAGGACUGUGGGGCAGUCUCUCCAACCCAGGGAGAGUUGGGCCUCGAAGAGACUCAGCAAUACACAUACGAUGCUCACCGACAGAGCUUCGUUAUAGGACUCGAGGAUGUCUUCACUGAGAAGUCCCCCAGCCCCGAAUAUGGCGUUCAGGUUGAGCAUAUCCCAGAAGUGGAAGAUGUGACCCGGGAUAUUGAUUCUCUCGACGCCAAUGGCGACAACAUGGCCGACUCACCACAUAGACUCGACGAUGAGGAAGAUAUUCUGAUGGAUGCCUACUACGACUUGGGUGACGAUGAGCCCACGCUGGUCACUGAGAUGGCCGCAAAUCGUUUUAUGGGUCCUCCUCCUGUCCAGCCAUAUGAAAUUGAAGAACCUGAGAAUACGCCAUUCGUCAAUUUCUUACUCACCCACUGGGUUCCUUCUCUGCCAUGUGCCGAUGAGUAUCGCUCCUCUCGAGUGUCAGGCGCGGGCAUCUUGCCCUCUUCUAAUCCUGAUCCCCUCAAACCUGUGCUUGCAAUCCCCAAUCAUUUGGAGCCCUCUCCGGACCCCAGUAUUGUAUCUGACCAAGAAGCCGAGCCCCAGAAGGAGUCUAAAUCAUCCUCGUAUCCAAGCAAAGGUCCAAGGUUUACUUUACUAGCUGAACAAUUAAGCCAAUGGAAAGCGAGCAGCCCCCAAAAAGAUGAACCACGGCGUUCACGUCGCAGAGGGGUUUUCUCUCUUGCAGGGAGACCCAGUGAAGCAGAGAGUGCUGCUGGCCAUGCUCGCAAAUCUGAGAUUUCACAAGAUCUGUUUUCUCUGCCUGCCCAAUCCAUCCCUGCUGAGGAGAAAGACCAUGAAGAGGAGCUGGAAAUUCAUGAAGAUCAUGAUGAACAAGCCCCUAUGGAGGAACAAAAUCCAGAAGCCGAAAAUAUUCACAGGCAGCCUAUGUCUGAGAUACCUGGCGACGUAAUUCCACCUGUACCUGAGUGGCACCAAGAUGAGGCCACCGAGAACGGAUUGCCGACAACAGCUAGCCCCGAUGAUGUUACCCAGCCUACUCUCGAAUCAUCUGAGGAAGAAAAGGAGAAUGAAGAAGUUCGUCUUCCAGCCCCCGCUACUCCUAUCAAGGCUCGAAAGCUUGAACCACAAACUUUUCAUACCGUAUCGAAGGUGCCUUUGAAACCAGAAGGUCAGAUUUCGCCUUUGAAAAUGCGUCGCAAGAGAGGCCGGUCGCUCUCAAUCACUUCUCCAGUCCGCUCAUCGCCUCGUCUGCACAAGCCCAUUUUUCCUCCCCAAGAUCAGCAUGCUCUCCAAAUUUCCCCUCGAAAGUCCGCCAGACUUCGGUCAGACUCAGUUCGACAAGGACAGGCGAAGGCGCGCACUGAACCCGCAGCUCCAAUGGUUCAACGCGCCCCAAGCCCUUCCAAAACCCCUCGCCAAAAAGUCCCGGCUGCCGAACUGUGUUUGCGUGGCGCUGUUGUUUACGUUGAUGUCCAUACCACGGAGGGUGAGGAUGCUAGCGGCAUAUUUGUCGAACUUUUGCAACAAAUGGGUGCUAGAUGUAUCAAAAAUUGGUCAUGGAAUCCGCAUUCAAGCUUGUCGCCCGUGGAUGGAGUAGAUCCAAAAGAGAGCAAAGUGGGUAUUACGCAUGUCGUUUUCAAGGAUGGGGGCGUCCGGACAUUGGAAAAGGUCAGAUACGCGGCAGGGCUUGUCAAGUGCGUUGGUGUUGGCUGGGUUCUUGACUGUGAACGCGAAAAUAAAUGGCUGGACGAGACGCCAUAUGCUGUUGAUAGCUCAAUCAUUCCCCGUGGUGGUGCUAAGCGCCGCAAGAGCAUGGAACCCCGAGCGUUGAGCAAUGUCAAUGGCACCCUCGUUAAAACCAGCAUGGCGGGUUCAUCUGCCCACAGCAGACGAUCUGGGGCUGUGGAGAACUUCAUGAGAGGCACGACACCCGCAUCGCACGACGAUGUAGUAACGCCUGAAAGGACUCGCAAAGAUCAGGCGAGUCACAAAGAAGGCGAUGAGAAGAAGUAUUGGCAAACUCCCAGGACUCCUGCUUACGGGUUCAACCUAGACAGCAUUGGCAUGUCUCCCGCAACUCCUUUCUAUCUCUCUCAACGGUCGAAACUUGUUCAACAAACCUGUCCUCCAAAAGAAACACGGCAGGGUCUAUUUUCAAAGGUCGCGACGGAUGAGGAACCGUCCCAGAAGCUCAAGGCAAGAUUGGAGGCGGCCAGGCGAAAGAGCUUGGCUUUUAAACCUGCCAUUGGUAGCCGUCUUAUCGACUAAGUUUAUUCUUUUUUUUUUUUUUUUUUUU